UCCCAUUGUUCUUAACAAAGAGCCGCAACCUAGUAUCCCUGACAAGGCGUUAGUUGAGGCAUGCGUGCGUAUGCAAGUGUUUCAUGAACAAGCUAUGUUUCUCUGUAAUAACAGAUACUCUUCUGCUCAAAAAAUGCAGAAUCACAACCUCACUACAAGAAGCGCGUCAACUCCAUGCCCUUCUCUUAACCACCACCAACGCCUCUGGCUCCAAAUCUGCGUUUUUAUACAACAACAUCAUCUCAAUGUAUUCACGUUGUGGUUCACUCGAAGAUGCUCACCAAGUGUUCGAUAAAAUGCCUCAAAGAACUCAUGUUUCUUAUAAUGCACUUCUUGCAGCAUAUUCUCGUGUAUCGGAACAACAUUGCGUUUACGCCUUUAACUUGUAUACCCAGAUGGAAAAUAUGGGUCUUAGGCCUUCAAACAUGACGAUUACUAGCUUACUGCAAGCAGCUUCAUUGCAUGGAGAUUUGUUGAUUGGGUUGUUACUUCAUGCUAAGAGUUUGAAAUUUGGUUUUUUGAAUGAUAUUUGUGUGCAAACUAGUUUGCUUAAUAUGUACUCGAGUUGUAUGGAUUUGAGUUCGGCUGAAUCGGUUUUUUGUGAUAUGAAUGAAAGAGAUAAUGUUGCUUGGAAUUCUUUGAUUUUAGGAUAUUUGAAGAAUGAUAAGAUUGAGAAAGGUGUUUAUCUAUUUAUUGAAAUGAUGUGGGUUGGUUUUACACCAACCGUAUACACAUUUUGUAUGAUUUUGAGUGCAUGUAGUCGUCUGAAAGAUUAUUUUUCUGGGAGAUUGAUUCAUGCACGUGUAAUUGUCGGGAAUGUGUCGCCGGAUUUACAUCUGCAGAAUGCACUUGUUGACAUGUACUGCAAUGCUGGUGAUACACAAACGGCGUAUAUGAUUUUUAGUAGAAUGGAAAAGUGGGAUUUAGUUUCUUGGAAUUCUAUGAUUUCUGGGUAUUUUGAGAAUGAGGAUGGAGAGAAGGCGAUGAAUUUGUUUGUCCAGUUGAAGGCACUGUGCUUCCCUAAACCAGAUGACUAUACAUAUGCUGGGAUUAUAUCUGCAACCGGUGCAUUCCCGUGUUUCAGUUAUGGAAAACCUCUUCAUGGUCAGGUUAUUAAAGCAGGAUUUGUAAGAAGCGUGUUUGUGGGAAGCACUCUAGUAUCGAUGUAUUUCAAAAAUCAAGAAACUGAAGCUGCUCUGCGUGUAUUUUGUUCAAUCCCAGGAAAGGAUGCUAUUCUCUGGACUGAAAUGAUAACUGGUUAUUCCAAAAUGGCUGAUGGAAUGGGUGCAAUUAGAUGCUUUUCUGAAAUGCAUCAUGAAGUUCAUGAGAUUGAUGACUACGUUCUCAGUGGAGUUUUGAGUGUUUGUGCUUACCUUGCAAUUUUAAGACAAGGUGAAAUAAUUCAUUGUUAUGCUUACAAAUUGGGUUAUGAUGUUGAAAUGUCUGUUUCUGGAAGUCUAAUCGAUAUGUAUGCCAAAAACGGUAACCUUGAAGCUGCUUAUUUGGUAUUUUCUCAAGUUUCCCACCCAGAUUUGAAGUGUUGGAACUCAAUGCUUGGAGGAUUUAGUCACCAUGGAAUGGUGGAUGACGCAUUGAAACUCUUUGAGGAGAUCAUUAAACAAGGUCUAGUUCCAGAUCAAGUGACUUUCUUGUCUUUAUUGUCUGCAUGCAGCCACAGUAGAUUGGUUGAGCAAGGAAAGUUACUAUGGAAUUAUAUGAGCAGCAUUGGUUUGGUUCCUGGGCCUAAGCACUACUCUUGCAUGGUAACUUUGUUGAGUCGUGCGGCAUUAUUGGAAGAAGCAGAAGAAAUCAUCAACAAAUCACCUUAUGUUGAGGACAAUGUUGAAUUAUGGAGAACUUUGCUAAGUGCCUGUGUUAUAAAUAAAAAUUUGAAAGUGGGAGUUCGUGCGGCAGAAGAAGUUUUGAGAUUCAAUGCAGAAGAUGGUCCAACACUUAUUUUGCUUUCUAAUCUUUAUGCUGCUGCAGGGAGAUGGGAUGAAGUUGCUGAAAUAAGAAGAAAUAUGAAGGGAUUGAUAAUGGAAAAAGAACCUGGGUUAAGUUGGAUUGAGGCCAAGAAUGACAUUCAUGUGUUCUCUUCUGGAGAUCAAUCACACCCUAAGGUUGAUCAGGUGCAGGCUGAAUUGCACAGGCUUAAAGGAAAUAUGAUUAGAACAGAAAAUGAUGACAGUGAGGUACAAAAUGCAUGCUAUAUGGGUUACAGAAGCUAAGCCUAUUCUUUAGAGGUGGAAUUAAAAAACAAAUGUAUAUAAAGGAAUCCUUUCCACAAAAAAAAAACGUAUGUAAAGAGAAUGAAGUUUUAGAGGUUAAGGGUAGUUUUCCAUGAUUUUUCACUUAAUAUAAAUUCGAUUUUCCUAAUGUCGAAUUGGCCGCUCUAGACAAGUUCAUAAAUCUUCUUAGUUCUUGCACAA